AUGGCUCGAUCUCUGUGUUUAUCCACACCCGCUCGCCGGUUAUCCCAGCAACCGUGCCGUCGAUUUCUUUCAACCUCUCGGCCCGCUACACGCCUCUCCGCAUUCUCCGUCGGCGAAAUCGUCCCUCGCCGGAAAACAGUUGUCGCCUCUGCAUCCCUAUCUAGACCCUCCGUUCUGCAACCUUUGAUCUCCUGCUCUCGCUUGCGUGCGCCUGGUGCCUCGUUCUCAUCUUCGUCCGUUCGGCCGGCCACCAAGGUUACUCAGAACCCAAGGGCCGGAGAUGAUGGAGAGACACUCAUGAUUAAUAUCUCACCUCGUGCUGUAGAGCGCCUUCGCGAUAUCACUGAUCCAUCCUCCUCUCCCUCAGCCACUAAAGAAGAAAACCCCUACCACCACCUUCGCAUCACGGUCACCAGUGGGGGCUGUCAUGGUUUCCAGUACAUGAUGUCGCUCGAGUCAGCGUCCAAGAUUGACGCCGAGGAGGACACUGUUUUUGAAGGUGAGGAGGCUGAGGGUGUACCCGCGAACGCCGCUGGAGAAGCCAAGGUCGUUAUGGACGAACCUUCACUGGAACUUUUGUCUGGCAGUACAGUCGACUAUACGACCGAGUUGAUUGGAAGCCAGUUCACGAUUGUGGAUAACCCACGAGCAACCAGUAAUUGUGGCUGUGGAACAAGCUUUGAUGUGAUGGAUUGA